GAGCCAGCCGUUCAGUCGAGGAACGUAACUCGAACGCAACGGACGCUCGGGCCGCGCAGCCCCAGAGAAAACACGAGCAACGGAGCAAAAUAGCAACAACUGAAACAGCAUUAAUAAUAAUAAAACAAAAACAAAAACAACAACAGAAACAACAAUAAAUAGUGUGUGCAGCAAGUUGAAAGAGAGUGCGAAAGAGAGCGAGAGAGCGAUAGAAAGGGCAUAUUGAAAGGCCAAAAGGAAACAAUCUAGUUCUUGUUUUGCUAUUUUUUGUUGUUUGUUUGCUUUUUUUUUUUUUUAUUGUCAGCUUGUCAUUUGUUUAAUUAAUUGAGUGAACGUGUGUGUGUGUGUGUGACUGUGUUUGUUUGUGUUGGUUGCUGAAUUCUGAAUUCGCCCAGAGGCGAAGUGGAAGUUACGUCAAAAGGAGCCAACGGCUAACAACAGCCAACAGCCAACAGCAACAACUACAGCUGUAGCAACUUGUACAACAGCAACAGCAACAGCAAAGGCAACAAUAACAAUAACAAGCGACGCGCCAAACUGUUUUUGGCCGCCUUUGGCGCGUCGUCCUUUGCCCAUUGUUGUCACGAGUUACCAUUUGUUGUCUUUAUUUUUGUUGUUGUUAUAUAGUUGUCGUUGUUGCCAUUGCCAUUGUUGUUGCAGUUGUUGUUUGCUUACAUUUGAUAUUACCUAUUUGCUGAAUUUUUUUUUUUAGCCGGCAUCGGCAACGUCAGCGGCUACGUGGCUCGUGCUUAUAUAAAGUGUAAUAUGGAAGCAUGUCUUCCACAUCCAGCUCCGUGCUAGCGCUGUCAUCGUUCAAUUUAUUAUUUUUCACCCAAGUGCUAACGGUGCUCAGUAUCACCAUCAAGUACAACGAAUAUGCGACAGACAAGGGCGGCAAUAUUAGCAUACCCUGCAUAGCACAGGGCAACAUUAUGUGGGUCAAGGAGCAUGGCAGCAAUAGCACCAUUAUACAGACGGGUCGUAUAUUGGUGUUGCGCAAUGUGAGCACCUCGGACAGUGGCAUUUAUGUCUGCUUUGCAACGGUGCCCCUCACAACAACAACAUCAACGACAACAACAACAACAGCGAAACCAACAACGGCAAGGGAGCUAACCAUGCCAGCGACAGCAGCAGAAGCAACUACCUCAGCGCCGCAGCAGGAGCAGGAGCUGGAGAAGGAGCAGGAGCAGGAGCGGGAGCUAGAGCCAACGCAGCCUGUCGAGGUAGAGGAGGAGCAGGAGUACCGGGCUUACCAGCGCAGCAAACUAACGGUGCGCACCACACCCGGCCCGGUGACCCAGCUGUACUUCAAGGCCUCCACCAUAUUGGGCUUUCUCAUCUGGCGCUUCAACAAGACCCAGUCCGGUGGCUAUCCCGUGCGCAGCUUCACGGCUGAGUAUCGCAACAUCUCGUACCGUCAGCCGCCCUACAAUGCCAGCUUCGAGCACGCGUGGAGUCGCAUGGACCCCAUCAACAUAGCGCCCAAUGUGCGCCAAAUGGAGGUCUAUCGGCUGGCGCCCAACACCACCUACGAGUUUCGGAUAUGGGCCAACAAUGAGCUGGGCAGCGGCACGGUGGUCACCACCAAUGUGACAACAUUGCCGGAGACCAAGGAGGAGGAUCUCAUACGCCUUAUUAAACCCGACUUAGAUAAUUUCGAUCCGCGCAUUUGGAUAGUCGCCGUCAGCAUAGUGCUCGGAACACUUGUGAUAUUAGCCAUCGGACUCUGUAUUGUGCUCUCUAAGGAGUGCUAUCAGGCAACGCAAAUGGUGAAUCCGACGGACCCAAGAGCGUGCCGCCAUUCACGCGCACCGUCAUCUUUGGCCACAAUGGACAGCCCUACAACGAUGAUGAUGAUGACGACGAGGAGGAGGAGGACCCGGAGCCGACUAUGGAAAAGUUUAAGCGUAAAGUUUCGGUAUUCUUUACAGGUCCCACCAUCAAACGUAUUUGAGAGUACAAAGUGCAAUUUACUGGCUACGCCCGUUCAGAUAUAUCCAGGUUGUUUUUGAUUGUGCUACGGUUAAACCUAAAUUAUAUGCGCACAUACAUACAUACUCGCAUACAUUGGUACAUCAGUACAUACAUCUGAUGUACGUAGAGCUUAUCGUUUGUGCUGCAGGCGCGAUAAUUUGAUUUUCGGUUUCAUUCGCUUCGACUAUGCUAUGUUAUCUAUCUACUGUUAAUUGUUGAACAACAUUUUUGUAACACGAACUGAACACCCCAAUGAGAAUGCUAAAAAUAGCUCAGCUCGAAUCCAAAAACUUUCCACAUUUUCGCCCAAGCUGAGGGAGAGCUCACUCUGUAGAUAAACGUGAAAGGUGUUAACAAAAUGUUGCAAAAACCGAAAUGCGAAGUGUUCAACAUUUCGUGCUCAUAGAAUGUAUUUGGGACAGGUUAACACACACACAGACACACACACACAUACACACUGGUGUAUUUUACAUAAUGAAAUGACAAAAAAAAUAUUGCUGUGAUAUAAAUUCAAUUGAAGGACAUUAUAAAGAUUUAUUAAUACUCGUAUAUAGCAAAAUCAAAUCUCGAGCAUGAACACACACGCCCAUACACACACUGAGAGAAAUUCUUAGCUAUUUUUGUUGAUGUAGUAAAUUACAGUUACAGGCAUAAAUUACAUAAUUGCUGAAAAUAAUUAUUUCAUGUAAAUA